GAAUGCCUCCUGCACAUUUCUAUCGCUUCUUAAAAGCAAAAGCUGUGAAACUUCUAAGGCCCAUUGCUAUUAUCUGUGCGCAGUACGCAACUAUAUAGUUGACCUUACACCUCUCUCCCUUCGAUUCCCAUUGAUAGCAACACCACCCCGUACUUUGCGCCUGAGAUACCGGUAGCUUGGUACAUCUCUCUUCCCAAUGCCCAGCAUGCAUCGUUCAUCCAACUACUCCUAUCCUCAAUCCUCCAGCUCGAGAAGUUCAUCGAAUCAUGCUUCCAGCAGCGCCUUCAGUCCCAAUGCCAACCCUAAUGAAGAUUGGACCAAGAUCUCCGAUCUUGCGGAGAGGCGACGAAUUCAGAAUCGAAUCGCGCAGAGGAACUAUCGAAAGAAGCUAAAGCGUCGCUUGGAAGAUCUAGAGAAGAGAGCGGCGACAGCCUCGACGUCGCCUGAACGAGCUCUCGAGAGAUCAGAACCACAGAAGGCGGUAUCUACAGCCAAGUCCGGUCGUAGCCGACAGAGUCGGGCGUCCAAAGCCAGUCAGAAUACCACAACCCACUCGCCCAGUGAACGAGGCUCGUCCUACGACAGUUACUCCACUUCGGAUGAUCGAGGGUCAAUGUUUUCUCACCAAUGUACCCGUCAGCUUUCGGCUUCACCACCUCCGGUAUUUUCAUACCCGUCCUACUCGCAUCUAGACCCGUAUGGUCACUCGAGCUACGGUCAGCCGCCAUCAUAUCACUCGAUGGGAAGCAGCUACCAUGAUUUGCCCUACCACAACGAAUACAGUACUCACCUCCCUUCGAUCCUUCCCGUCGCUAUAUCAGCCACUGGACCAUCCAAAAAGCCUCAUUCCUAUGCCGAUGAUGAGAUUGUCAGUCCGUUCAGUAUGAGCUAUGCCUCCAUGGCGGGCAUUGAUCUUUGUCCAACACCACAACAGAUGCCCGAGACCAAUAUCCCUGUACAUACCCCUCUCUCUACACGACACAUGUCGGUAUUAGAGCUCCAGGGUUAAUGGUGCUAAUUCUGUCUCUCAGAUGCCACCCUUGUCUUCAGCCCAUAGCGAUGGUCACUCCUCACCGUCGACCCCAGCAGAGCCUUCACUGGGGACAGGGCCCCUCACGCCCGAGUCGGGCCCGUGCUCUCCCCACAUGUAUCCUUUCCUAUGACCGUGCG